AUGGGUCGACCACCGGCCGUAGUCAUUAUUGUGAGGCAUGGUGCUAGACUGGAUGCUGCCGACACGCAAUGGCACUUGACCUCGCCAACGCCAUACGACCCUCCUCUGACUUAUGGCGGAUGGAGGCAGUCUCAAGCUCUGGGCGCAAGGAUUGCGAGCAUAUUACACGCUCGAGAGGUCGUUACAAACCCGCAUACCCUUGAUGAUCUUGAUGGACAUGUGGACAGACUGAAUAUCAAUGGCGAUUUCGGAGAGAAACAAGGACGUGCCCAUCAAUCACGCCGUGAAAAAAGACGAAAACACAAGGUCGUCAUGCACACUUCGCCAUUCCUGAGAUGCGUUCAGACCUCCAUCGCCAUUAGUGCCGGAAUAGCUCAGUAUCAAGGACCCCCCGAUCCCAGCAGUCAUCAAACGCAUCCAAGACCGCAUGUGAUGCACUCUGGCUCGCCUCAUAUUCGGGCGAUGGAUGGUCGGAACUCACCCUAUCUGUCGGCAAUUGCUGAGCCUGAGGAUCAUGGCAGAUCAAGACAAAAGAAAAAAAUGCAUCGAACCCUCUUGAGGGUGGACGCUUUCCUGGGAGAGUGGCUUUCUCCAGAGUACUUUGACAAGAUCACACCUCCGCCUGAGUCCAAGAUGAUGGUAGCAAGCUCGAAAGCAGAUCUGCUGCAUCAUGAAGACCCGGUCAAUGUAACACACACAUCCAACAAAUACUCAUCUGGACAGGGCAAUUUUCCAGGCGGUUGGAACAGCGGAAGUGCAAUAAAUACCAAGUCCCUGAAUUCUGACGAUGACACGCCUCUGGCCGACCCGUCCAGUCUUAACCAAACUAUGCCUAGAUUAGGCCGUGCCAAUAGUCAUAGUGUUGGAAAUCCUCCGAAGAGAUCUGAUGUGAUGCUCAACAGAAGAGCCGAAAGAAGCCCAACUCCAGAAAGCCCGACUUAUGUGCCUCCGAUACCUGCGUACGCAAUCUCGCCUUCGCAACCUAUACCUCCCGGGUACGUUUCCCAUGCACGUGACGCAUGUGUCAAGGUGGACAAUCUAUGGGAUAGCUUACGACCACCGCUUGAAUGGGGCAGCGGAGGUGAAUAUGGAGAAGAAUGGAGCGCCAUGCACAAGCGAUUCCGAAAAGGCUUGCACGAGAUGAUCUCCUGGUACCGCACUCAUGAUGACUCCGAGACACUGAAGCCCAUAGAGGAAGACUCUCUAGAAAGGAAAGACUCCGUCAGCAAGGACCCGGAGUAUUACGAUGACGAUGAGACGGACACUGUACUGGUUUUGGUGACCCAUGGCGCUGGAUGCAAUGCCUUGAUCGGAGCAUUGACGAGUCAACCCGUCCUUUUGGACGUUGGCAUGGCUUCACUGACCAUGGCUGUACGGAAGAGCGUCGCUUACAAGAGAGUCUCGUCACCUCACUCCGAGGAUGUGCCAGCGUCUCCAUCCCGACGACGACACUCGCUGAUUGACCUUGGCAUCUCGGAAGAUUAUGAAGUCAAGCUCACCGCUUCAACAGAACAUCUGCGAGCAGGAUCUCCAUUCUUAGCGGGCCCACAGCUUCAGCGUACUCCAAGCGUGCCAAUCAGAGAAAAGUCUCCGUACAGAUAUGAACGUCCUGGGUUCGUCAAUCCCCAUCACUCCAAGUUCAGUCCGACCAAAGAGGACUUUCAUCUGGAUAGCCCAAUCAACGACAGAUUCGGAGAACUCCAGAGAAGUUCUACUACUGUCGUCAAAUCGUCAGGUGGCCUCUGGAGCAUGCCUGUCCCCGAACAACUAGACAAAGCUGUGGAACAAGAGAGCAAGCAUCCCGGCCCGCAAGCAGGUCAAAGCGCCCCAGUCAAGGCAGGGAACCUUGACGGUUUCUCAGAGCGAGGAGAAGUGGAUCGACAUGAACGACUUAAUGGUUCAUCCAAUUCUGGCCGAACUUCUCCGAUUGGCAUUCUUGAUCACGCCAAUCAAGGGCAUUCCAUCGCUCCGAACGGUCUCUGGGGUGCUCCACCGCAAGCGCUCGGAACAGAGCGUGAUCAAGGUUCCAAGCGGCGCUGGACGCUGUCCCAAGCCGCGUGA